UCGGCUCCAUCUGUUGCUGCUUCAACUGUGAUUAUUUUGUGAUUUAUUAGCUACAACCUUUCUAAAAAAUCAUUCCUGUAUGUUCUAGUUCGUGAGGUCUUUCUUACUCUCAAGCAGCUGCUCGGUCAGUCAAAACACUAAAAACCCUAAAAACACAAACAUGCAGAACUUUCCCAACAGCGCUGCCCCUCCACCCCCGGGAUUCUCAAGUCGAGGUGGAAAUAUGGUUGGUUCGCCGUACCAGCCUCACAUAUCGGACCCUCAGAUAUCACCGAGGACUAUUGAAGACUACGCUGCCAUGCAGCAUCACCAACCCCUUCUUCAGAGUCACAACCAGCACCUACACCUACGUGCGCAGCAGCACACGGGACAGGCGUCCCUCAUCCAUGGCUAUGGACCUAGACGAGGUGCUGGAGAGAUACCACAGGCUAGUGUGCUCGCUGGAAGCGGCAGCAACUCUUACCGAAAAGAGGCUAUGGAUUAUUAUUUUUCUUUGAGUGGGCGAGAUAGGAACAGAAGAGGUGGAGGAGGGGAAUACGGGGCAGGGUUUGGAUACCCAAACAUGGAUGGACACAUACCUCAUCAGUACAGACAUGUCCCGGGGUCUGUACCAUCCUCCAGCAUUAUGUCCGCCUACCCCAUGGACUACAGCACCAAUGCCGGUGGCAGUGCUAACAGUGGGGGCGGAUCUUUCUCACCUUCACAGCAAUUUACCAUGGCCCAGAAUGCUUCAGUGCAGCCGGUUUCAGGUGCUGAAAUGCUCCAGCGGCAACACAGCCAGAAAUACCUGUCGCAUCAGGGUUUAAAUCAAGGACAUCGAGUCUUUUCUAUGUCUGGACACAGAAUACCUUCUCAGUUUGGUCAAUACCCUCCUCUUAGUGCACCCACUGCGUCAGCAGGAAUGUAUAACUCUUCACCACAAAGGUACGAGACCAGCAGCGGUGGAGGCGUGGACCUAAAGAUCACCAACUCGCCCACACACUCCAAUCCAAACGCCAUGUCAGGUUCCUCGGCUUCAAACAGCUCCGGGCAUCAAGAGAGCGUGGGACAGGGUUACCCGUCCUCCAACCAUUCACCUUAUUCGCCUCAGUCUCACCCUCUUUCGAAACACGCCUCCCGCUGCACUCCCCAGCACAAUCUCGGGGCGGCCUACGACGCCUCUUUGAAGAUGCAGCAUCCGUCUCCGGGCCACGCGCAGCCGAAAAAUAAUCAGUCGUCUGUCUCUUUGAGUCCAGCCGCACCUCACCACACUCAAGACAUUUCCAAAUCUCCCAUGCAUUCCCAAAACCAGCAGACUAACAUGAAUCAGAACUUCAGCCCAAUAUCGAACCCUUCCCCGGCUCCAUCUGCUGUCCACUCUCCAAGCUGCAGCUCGUCCUCUUCUCCGAUGGGUGUUACAGAGAUUCUGGGUAACUCCUCAUCCUUGCACUCCUCAAUUAUAAAUCCUCGCAGUGCUCACGGUCAUGCCCGACCUCAACAUAGCGUGGCACAGCUUAGCCCAACCCCCAGUUCUAAUAGCAGUAUUAGUAGUUGUGGUAGCAUCGGUAGAAUGGCUUCAAGAGCUGGCAAACGGGACGACACCCCAUCUUCCUUGUAUCCACAGGUCAAGCUCUCUCAGGACGCUGGUCUGAACAGUCUAAACGCUUUAACAUCCCAAGUGGCUAAUUUACCCAACACAGUGCAACACAUGAUGCUAACAGACACCGUGCUGUCUCAGAGGAAAGGUCGAGAGAGCGUACAUCAACCUCACAUACAGCAGACCGUUACCAAUCAGCAAACACCUCAGAAUGCUAUUGCUGCUGUCCAGGCCUUAUCAAAUGAAGGAAGUGACGUUUUGGGAUCCGAGCCAGAGGAGGAGAAAAGGAAUCAAAUUGAGCAGGCAGAACACGACAAAGUGAGACAGAAAAGUGGAUCUAGCACCGAAUCCAAUCAAGACAACUAUUAUCCAGCAUCUCAAAGUCAGACCAAAUCUCUAAAUUGCCCCGAACUGCAUCCACAGCUAGACAGCAGAAGUACAGAGACGCCUGGUAAACAGACAAAUAAUCAUGUUGCAAAACCUUUUUCUCAGACUAAAGAACAAGAAAGUCGAUCCUCCUCUCCAUCAGCGGUUUCUCCCUAUGAAGAACCCCUUCAACCUUCCUGCCCACCUGCUCUCUCAGCUGCAUCAUCCCCUGCUCGUUCUACACAAUCGAACUGUGUGAUUGAGCCUAAUCUCAGUCAUUGUGAUGAUAAGACUGGACUGAAGGAGAAAAAAUCUUCAGCCGUGAAAGAUGAACGAAACCCUGUUAAACAUGAAGAGCCUUCUUACCAAGAUGAUCUAGAUAAAGAAAAAACUCUUCCAAUCCUGACCAGUGUAAAAGUGGAAGAUUCAGGCCUAAGUGAACAAACGGACACUUCGAAUGAUAUGAAGAACACCACAGAGCAUUGUCCCAAUAAGAAUAUAAACACUCCGGAACAAACCAAUGCUGCAGUCGGUGUUAUCGUUUCUGCACGUUCUGAGCAGAACUCUGAGGGACCCAAGCAAACAGAGACUACAUCUCACUAUGGCACUUUGCCUCAUGUUGGCAGGCUCAACUAUUCAGAGGAUAAACAUUCCGUAAGUAUGUUUAAAGAUUCUGCAAGUCACAACGGAGACGGGGACAUGAGUAUGGAAACCUACCCUACACGCUAUGUCUCCCCUAAGACUGAAUUUGGGCACAACAUGCCCUCAAAUCACUGCCAGACAGGUCCUUACAAAUAUAACAGAUCUGAAAUGGCUUACAAUGCCUGCAUGGGUUCAAAGAACAAAGGAAGGGCGGUGCCAGGAAGUGAAUUAGGUGCUUCCGCGUACCAAGACUACCAUCAGUCACUGUCUAAUUUUGGUUCCGUGUCCAGAAAGGAUGUCGGUGUUGUGGAAGCGAUGGGAAGAAGUGGUCUCGGAGUUGGAUCAAGGGGUCAGGAUAGUAAUUUACAGUUACAGCAACCAUAUCCCAGUCUAUUACAAGAAGUACUGCAGGGUUAUCAUUUAGAUCGACGCUAUAGUCGCCCUGAACAAGCAUCUGGUGGUCUUCAUAAUCAGAAUAUGUCCCAGCACCAUUACCAUACUAGACUUCCGUAUCGUAUGGCUGAAGACAUGAGGCCUCUUGGAAUGAGUCCGUCAGUAGUCGGUGGUGCCAGCGUUCACCAACAGAUAGCCACAAAAAAGCCUCAAAUCCAAAAUCAGGGACCAGAUCAUGAAAUAGGCCUGGGCCUUUCUCAUCCCUCAUGGGAUUCUGAAACACAAAAGCUUAAAGGGAGUCAUGGAGGCUCAUCAGAAAAGAUCACAAUAAAUAUGUCUCCCAGCCAUUCCACCCAAAUACCACCUUCUGUAGAAUCUUCUAAAGGAACUCCGCCUAAGCACAUUAACUUGGCUGACUAUUCCUUGCCUCACAGGAAGCCCCCAAACCUAGCCUCCCCACCUUCUGCUGUCCAGCAGUUGCUUUUACAAGAAACUGGCCCAUUGGUAGGUAAUGCCGAACUCACAAGUCAGACCCAGUCUCAUGUUUCCUCAUCCUCGGGAAGGCGCUCAGUAAUCUGUGAUGUGUCUCCAUCUCGACGGACCACUCCAGAGAAGGACAGGGGUCAGUUUGCACCCUCUGGAUCGUCAGUCAUUCAGCAGUCUCACUCAUCUUUUGCUUCAAGUGAGCAAGGAUGUGGUAAGGAUGCUGUAAAAAUUAAAGGAGAGCAAGAAGAAGAAGAACUGUCCAAAGUACACCCUAGUGAUCUUGCAAGACCGUGUCCAGAUGGACACAGCGUUUCUGACUUACAUAGACACAGUGCUGGAAAAGAGGUUACUGAACCUCCGAGCAACACUUCAUAUAACGCUCAUCAUAUGCACGCUAAUCCUCUUUCAUCACCACCCAGAUCCAAUCCCUAUUACAAGCCUGUAGAAGGAUCUUCUGCAGGUUUAUCCCUGUAUGGUUUUGUUGAUGGAUCGGACCGGCUUAAACCCUCUCACAAUCAUUUCCAUGCAAUAUCAAGUCACAUCUCCCCAUCGGCUAAUAAAUUACAAGCAUAUCCACACCAUCUCUCUCUUCAACACCCACAUGGCAUGGAGAAUCGAUUUGAUUGGUCAUCUAACAGUAAUAGACCUAAGGAUACUCCCACCCCUCACAGCCUUGACCAAAAGUGUAAGAUUCAACCCCCUGCUGAUGCUUUGCCCAGUCAGCAUCCCCUGACGAGGCAACACCUACAUCCUGGCUCUCACUAUGAAAUGAAAAUGUGGGAAUCAUUUUCUGAAAGGGAAGGAGCUGGAAAUCAUGAGCUACAACCAGCACUCACUUCUCACAAGGCUGUUGACUCACAGUCAGUACCAACCAGUGCUCCCAAACCUGUAAAAGUAGAAGUCUCUCAGGGGAUCCAAGAGGAAUCAACCAAAAAAUUAAACCCAGCUGUGGUUGUUGGAUCAGGCGGUAUAGGGAACAGUAGUGUAACCCCCGGUGGUCCUCGACAGACCAAAUCUGGAGGGUCAGCAGAAACAAACCCAUUAAUAUUGAGACGACGAGUUCGUUCUUUUAUUUCCCCAAUACCUGCAAAGAGGCAGCAUCAGGAUGUGUCAGGUCAGAAGAGUGGAUCGUCAUAUUCUCCAGGUAAUGACCCUGCUUCAGGUGGUGCAGACCCCCGUGCCAAACUAGCUUCACCCCACACAGCAUAUCAGUUGCCCAGUGCUAACUCACCACCACCAGAAAAAACAAAGAUUCUACCCCCAAGAAAGGGACGGGGAUUGAAAUUAGAAGCAAUAGUUCAAAAAAUUACUCCAAAUAAGAAUGCCAAUUAUACUAACAGCCACGGAGAUGCUGAUUAUCCAGAUGUAUCACAUUACAGCUCUGAUACACCUGACUCAGAGACCAGAGCACCUUACUCUGCUGAACCCAACAGGGAGGAAAGUUGUUUACCUUACCUUGAAGAAGCUCAUUCUUUAGAUGCUAUUUUGCCAUACAGAGCAGAAGAUUCAUAUUCUUGUGAUUCUCAAGACCUCAAACAAAGUCUAAGAACAGGCUCGACUAGUAAUACUGUAAGAAAAAUACCAACAGACUUUGACUUUGGGUUAGGCGCUGCUGGCUCUUCAGGCUCUGGGGCAGCUGAAGGGGAUAAGGAUGAGUUUACACUUUUAGGACCUUUGCCGCCACCACCUCCAUUGCCACGUCCUGUACAAGGUUCCCCUCCUCCAUCCUCAUCUGUGUUGUCUGAUAUACAACAGUUUACCAAUACUUACCAGCAGCUAGAGACCAGACGAGGGGAACAGUCUGCUGCUAACUUACUGAGGCAAAAACUUCAGGAGACCAGCAUGGGUUUCGACGAUUAUCCUGGAGGGAAUUUCUACGGAGCAACCCCAAUCCACGGACAAAGUCUUCUUUCCAGAACUCCACAGCACGAGUUAGCUUCAGCUAGAAACGCAACCGACUCAAAACUGUCUGAAAACCUUGUUCCCAAAGGUUAUUUUGCUUCAGGCAAAAAGAAAGGGAGACCAGUAGGGAGUGUAAACAAACAAAAACGAGCUCAAGGUCAAGCCCAGACUUCUACAAGUAACGUUCCUUCUGCGCCUCACACUCCUCCUGCCGUUGGUUCAGAUGCUGUUACUCCCCAGCCUGAAUCUAACUCCAGCCCUGGAGAAGAAGCAGUCACCACAUCGGCACUACCCGAACAGAAACCGUGUCCCUCUCUGGAUCUGGCCGUCCAGACUCAACCAGCAAAAGUAGAGAUGGAGUUCGAGGACAACCAGCCAGAGGAGGAUAUAAAGCCGGUGAAAACGAAGCAGAGGAAGGGUAAAGACGCCAAUGAAGGCACUGACCCAAAAGGUCCACCAUGGAGGAAGAGGAGAGUAAUUACUCCUAAAGAUGAGCUAGAUCCUCAGACUGGUGUUUUACCAGAAAGCAAGAAGGAUGUGUUCUCACCCUACAUACACAUAGAAAAUAAAAUAACUGAGAUUGGGGCUGUUUGUACUAUAGUUAAUUCUGAAGGGGAGAAAUCAAAAGGAGGAGGCAAAAAUGGUUCUGGGGUUGAAGGCCUUUCAAAUGUUUCUCUCAUUUCUCAAAUGGUCAGGAAGGAAAGGGAAACUGAGAAGAUACAGGAAGCCGAGCAGGUUGAUUCAGUCAUACAGUCAGGGAAGUCCCUUCCUACCUCUGGAUAUGUCCUCCCAGGUCCUGUGAUAUCUGACACAAGACACGCUGGUCGCUUGUUAUGUUGUCUUUGUCAGAAAUGGGCAAAUUACAAGAAUCUCGGGGACCUCUAUGGCCCCUUCUACCCAGCUGAUUACGCCCCCAAGUUCCCGAAGAACCAACCCCAAAUUCGACAAACCCCAUCAAACUCUGGGGUCACCAACACGGGGUCGAAUCCGUCUUCUUCGUCAACAGAAUUAACCGUCCCUGAUACGCAGUCAACAAGUACUCCAGACGUGAGAUCAGCAGAUUGUACAGCAAGUCAAACCUCAAACCCAGUAUCUCCUGCACCUAGUGAAAACUUGUCAUGUCUUAGUGCUCAGAUUUGUAGCACCACCACUACGACACCAGCUCAAAACUGGGAUACGAUGCCAGAAGGGGAACCUGCACCAACUGUAUCGGAACUGUCUGACCUGACAAAUGAGAUCAUCCAAAGAAACCAGCAGCAGGUCGAGGAUCUGCAGCAGAGACCACAGCAUCGAAAAUUGACCUCUCACCCCCGUUUCAAGAGGAGAUACAAAUCUGGGGAGGAGUUGCCCCGGACCAUUCCGAUCAACAGUAAAGCUUCGCUGCCGUUUCAACCUCCACCACCCACCCUUGAUUCUCUGGGACCUUUGGCUCAACUUGCUCAGCUACCGGUGGUGCCGUUAGACCCGAGUGAGCUUUGGGUGCACGAGAGCUGCCUUGUCUGGACUAGCGGUGUUUACCUGGUUAAUGGGAGACUGUAUGGUCUGCAGGAGGCGCUUGAUGGUGCCAGAGAAAUGAGCUGCUCUCAUUGUGAAAUGGCUGGUUCCACUCUGGGUUGCUAUAGCAAAGGCUGCACAUUGAGGUAUCAUUACCUGUGUGCUGUGGAGGCAGAAUGCUGUCUAAAUGAAGACAAUUUCUCAAUGAGGUGUCCAAAGCACAAGUUUCCUGUAAACAAUAGACCAGCCAAACCUGCAGCCACACAUCUGGAGCAGCCGGACAGAAGCUGAAGACACUCAAGAUCAUCGUCAAACAUGUUCGACGUGGCAGCACAGAGGAAUGGAGACCAGCAAUUUUACAGGAGUCACUGAUUUUGGAUACAGCGAUCGGAAUGUAAAAAAUACAAGACUUUGUGUGUAAGGAAACACUAAAAACUGAUGAGAAAAAACUGACGUGUCAAAGGAAAUUUUUUUUUUUUUGGUUUAUUAUGUGUAUUAUGGGAAAAGUAUCAACACUACACGGAUGAAAAGUGGAGGAAGCUGGACUGAGACGUUUUAUUUUCAGUACGUUUGAGUAUUCCAUUCUUUUACUUUACACAGGGUUCCGCUCUUCAUUAUCAUAUUAUUAUUAUUAUUAUUCUCAUUAUUUUUCUAUCCCAGUUUGAUUUGAAGCAGUAUUUUACUCUCCACCGUGAGAACGAGAUUCCUUUAUGCGUCGGUCGCGACGUCAUCUCUUCACGCCGACGGGAGCCUGUUGCCACGGAGACGUCGUUGCCGUGGAGAACGGACGUUUAUUGCCUUCGAAGGUGUGCGUGUGUGUGAGAAGCCUAUUAUGUGCCUGUGUUAUUUUUCAUAAGAACCAACUCUCCGAAGUCGCACCCCACUCUACGGUGUCUGAUACACAGUUAAUGACAACUGGUGCGCUCACGAGUUCCGGCAGUCCGUUGAUUAAUCUAGAUGAUGACUGCAGAGUACCCACAAUGCACUGCGGUGUGAAAGGGAGUGGGCCAGGACAUCGUUUUGCUAUUAUAAAUAUAAGUAAAAAAAAAAAAAAACGAGCGAGCGAGCGCGACGGCCUCGCCCGUCGGAAACGAAGCGUUUGUUGCCAUAGAGAUGAAGAUGGAAGGUACAUCUCAUUUCCACCUGCUCAUUUUGUAUUCCUGUAAAAAGUGACAUGAUAAAGAGCGACUGUAUGAACGUGUAUGUUGUACUACAGACUUGUUGAUAUGUAUAUGCUUCAUCAAUACAGCCAAUCCUCAACACUCA